GCAUCACUUCCUUUUACAGCUCAGAAAAAUCUGAACGACUGACAGAUUUAGCUCACUCUCACAUGGGAUCUAGCCACAGACUCUGAAUAAAGCUGGUUUGUGUGCAGGACUGUAAUUCUCUGAUUCCUACAGCUGUGUGGAAAUGGGAGGCAGGCAAGAGGUGGUGUUGGGCAUGCAGUUUCAACAGUCCCCAUUUAUCCGUUUUAACCGGCAUUCAAACUUUAAUCCAAUAAUGCGGGGCAGGCGUUUGAAAUCAUCGAACUACAGGAAGAAGUCUGGAGAUCCCAGCCCCACCGAGAUGAGCGUCGAGCCCUGGGCCAGCCCACAGGACCAGGCAGCCGCUGAGCACACUUACAGACCCCACUCGCUUCCCUCCCAGGACCAGGAGCAGGAGCGGCACCCCGAUAAACAGUGUCUGGACUCCUUCUGGAAUGAGGUUGAGACCAUCCGACAGGGGAGUGGUGAAGCAGAUCUUGACCACGGCAGAAGACACUCCAGAGAGUCAGAAGACGGAGACCAGGAGGAGCAGUGGCUAACAGAUGCUGGAUUAUCAACCCUUAUCAGCGAAGAUGGCGAGGAUGUAGACAAGGCGGUGCUUCUGUCCACUCUUACUCGGGCGCAGGCUCAAGCCGUCCAGCGUCGACUCGACUCCUACACGAUAUCUCGCCGUAAAAAGAACAAAACGCCACCACGUGACGUUCGAGACAUCUUCGACUCUCCCAUUUCUGCGACCUUGCUUCCAGAGCCUCAUUGCAGUGACGACCUCAGUAUGGCAUCGGUUGCUAAAUCUCCUCUUUCAGCCAUGACUCUGGAGCAUCAGCGAGGCGCUGCUAAAGAGGAAUUCCUCAUCACGGACAUCGCCUACUGCGAACAGGCUGCCAUCUUCCUGAAGCAGGCCAAAUUUCCACAGAAUAACACCCAACACAAGAAAGAAGACGGCACCCUCCCUCGGGUGAUCUGCCCCAAGUGUCGCCUCGGAGUGACCCGGAUUCAGGAUCUCUCCCAUGCUGACAUGAAGAAGGUGCGCCAGUUGGCUCUCAUCGACAUGACGGCACUGUGCGACAUUUUAGAAGUGGAUGUGAAGCGGCACAAAACAGGAAAGAGGAAAAUCCCAGAAAGUACGCUUUUUGGCGUGCCGCUGGCCACGAUGCUGGAGAACGAUCAGAAACUGAAGCCAAACACUUUGAUUCCUCUCUUCCUGCAGAAGCUGUUGACAUUUCUUGAGAAGAAAGGAAUGGAUUCAGAGGGGAUCCUGCGAGUUCCGGGAUCUCAGUUCAGAACAAAGGUGCUGCAGGAGAACUUGGAAACAAAUUUUUACACGGAGCGUUUCAGCUGGGAUGAUGUCAGUGCCAACGAUGCUGCUGCGCUGCUCAAGAAGUUCAUCCGGGACCUGCCUGAGCCGCUGCUCACAGCAGAGUACCUCAACACCUUCAGCUCCGUCAGGGACAUCACAGAGCUGAGACAGAAGCUUCACAUGCUGAACCUGCUCAUUCUGCUGCUGCCUGAGCCCAACAGGAACACCCUAAAGGCUCUGCUCGAAUUCCUCAGUAAGGUCGUUUCCAGGGAGAGGAAGAACAGAAUGAACCUGUGGGCUGUUGCAACCAUCAUGGCUCCCAACCUUUUCCUCCAUAAGGCCGUGCCGAUCCGACUGACUGACGGACCGGAGAAAGGGCAGGUGGAGAAGGCAGCUGAUGUCAUGAGGCUCCUUAUCCGGUACCAGGACCUGCUCUGGAUGAUCCCAAAUUUCCUCGUGAGUCAGGUGCGCCGGUUGAAUGAGAACAGUAACCGUCGUUACCAGUUCUACGAUCGCCGCUUCAAGAACCUGCUGAAGAAGAUCCAACCAGAAACCAGAGAAAAACCUGAGAAAAUCAAAUCGGAGAUGCGUCGCUCAGUGAAGGUCCAGGUUGGAGAUAUAGUGAGCGGCUCGUUGGAGUUUCACCUCAACAUCAACUCUCGAACCGUCGACCUCCUCGAACAGUUUCAGCGCCAGUAUAUCCGCAGCCCGGCAAAUGGGAAGGGAAAAAUGAGAAGAAACGGCUCCGCGGUGUUUCCGGACUGCGCUCUUUACGAGGUGGGCGGGAAUAUCGGUGAGCACUGUCUGGACCCGGACACACACCUACUGGACCUGUACAACAGUAACCCCACUGGAGAGUGGAUCAUCAGGGUGAAAUCGUACGGAGGCAGGGCGCCCUGACCUAAAACUUGUGGGACAGGGGACGGACAGAUUGAGGAACCCGUUUGAGAAGAGACAUAAAACCACUUUCUGUCCUGUUCAUCCUCGGAGCAGCAGGGAGGCAGACGGAUGAAACGGAAACAGAUUUGUGGAGAAUCUGCCAGGAGCAGAGCCCAAAAACCAACUGGCCUCCGUCUCUCCUCCUCCUCCAUUUGUUCAUUCCAUCUUCAUCUACCAUCUUGUAUUUUUCCUCCCCUACUCGGAUCAUCAUCAUCGGUUUCCUGCGUUACUGUGGGGCCGCGUCGCUGUGAGCAAAAAGCUGCUUACAGAGAACCUGCUGCACAGAAUCGAGGAGAGAGACGGUGAGCGCCUCGCUGGUUUCCUCUGAAGCAAUCAUCUCCAACCACAAGUGAGCAGAUGGGGAUGCAGAGCACCUCUGGCUAUUCCGACCCCCUCCACCCCCACCUCACGCCAGUUUCUGCUCCAAAUACGCCAUGUCUUCCUGCUUUGGGCCUAAUCCUACAGGCUGCCUGUACAUAUUCUACACAAAUUGAUAUUAUCCAGUUUAAUGAACAUCAGCUGAGGUUCAUUAGCUAUCAGGAGCUGUUGAUUUAAAACAAAACAAGAGUUUAGACCAUUUCCUGGGUCUGAUUUUUUUUUCUGUCAUUCAUCCAGCAGUGUUACAAUUAUUUGAUUUUUAAUAUCAAUUAUUCACUAUUAUUUCUGCUCAUUUACACAAAACAUCUAUUAAGAAUUAAAAAACCAGGCAGAAAACUUAGUUUUCAAGAGAAAUUUAUUCCACUUCACGAAAAAUGACCUGUUUUUAAUUUGAUACAGAAAACAUUUUUUUUUCUUUCACUUCUGUUUUUUGGGCACUAGAAUCAGCAGGGAGUUAAACAGGAGGAGCAGAAGCUAGCUGUCCUGCUAACUGCUAAUCCAUCACUCCUUGCUUGCUGUUCUGUUGCGGUUUGUCCUCUACAGCUUGGAGGACAAAAGAGACAAAGGCGUUUCUUCAUUUGUGUAAAAAGAAAAAAGGACACUGAACUGUUGGUAUUUGUCUGUUAAACUGUGAGAAUCCCAAACAAAAUGAUGCUGAAAGAGCCUGAGAUGUUUUCUGUUGUUGCUCGGAGAGGUUUGGUGUCGCAGCGUCGAGGGCAUUCAUUGGACCUCUAAAGGGAGUUAAGGACACAGUGGAGCUGGUCUUCAUUUGUAGUUCUUCAGCAGAAGCGCCGAGGUGACUCACUGGGUUUUGUUACUAUUUAUAUGAUUAUAAUGCUGUUGCUUCUGUCAUUAGUACGGAGUAGGACGGUGCGUGUGUGUGCAUGUGUGUGUUGUGAUUACGUACAUGUUCACCUUGUUUAUGGACCUAUUAUGAUCCUCUUUUCACACACUCGCCCACUAGGAGAAACUGCUGUAGGACUGUUGUGAAGCUAUUCCGAACACACACGCAUACACACACACAGGCAGCAAAUGAAUGUUUUUAACACUUUGUGCGCCAAACAGUCAGAGCCAUGUUGUUGCACCGCCGCCAUUUUGUUGGAAGUGUCUUGCUCGCGCUACUCGGUAGACGAGGGUAAUGACGGCGGAGCCUCGCCAGCAUCCAUCAACACCCUCUGCUCCAUCUCUGUCACCUCCCCAUAAUGAACCUUUAAUGGCGGCAUCAGAAACACGGGGAGGAAUCACAUUUCUCUGAUAAAGCAGGAGGCAAUAAACGUCUGAUGAAUUCUGCGGCCUCAGACCCAAUGACAGCAGUGUUUGUGUGCGUGCACGUGCGUGAUGAGUUUCAUUACACUUGUCCAAUGGGCCCGUUGCAGGGUCCCGGGCACAGUUGAGUGGCUCCACACAAAGCGAGUUGAUGAGAACGCCUUCUGCUGACAGUCAGGAGAACUAGGUCACCUCUGAAGCUGCGGCUUCACGGAGGGUCCGAACAGCCCGAGGUGCAGAACCCGGGGAGACGUCGUCCCAACAGCAGCAGCGCCUCAUCCACUCUUUGUUUGUGAGAGUGUUGCUGAAACAGUGUUUUGUGUAAAUAUCCAGGGACUGUCGUGAAACUGAACGAUGAACUAGAACUGAAACAUUUGCUUCCGGCUGUGAUCCACAUGUGAAUCUUUUAGACGUCCGUCUGUCCUCGGGGGUCUGAAUGUAUAUUUAUGCUCUUUACACAAGUUUUUAAUGUCUGUGAAAACAGUUUUCCGUAGAAAAAGUUUUUUGAAAAAUGUUCUUUUUUGACAAUAAACAUGACUAAUGUGCUAAA